GGGUAAGGUGUAGAGGAGUGUCAUGCGAUUGUUGACAUUCGUUUGAAUGCAUUUCAAGCAUCAUGGCACAGCCUGGUUACGGUUAUCCACCGCCUGUUGAAAGUAACCCUCCUCAAGGAACUUAUCCACCACCUCAAGGAGGAUAUCCACCGACUCAAGGAGGAUAUCCACCGACUCAAGGAGGGUAUCCACCAGUUCAGGGAGGUUAUCAACCGCCUCAAGCUGGAUAUCCACCGCUGCAAGGAGGCCAUCCGCCGCCGGUACAACCUGGCUAUGCUCCCGCUCAACCUGGAUAUGCGCCGCCUGUCAGCCAACAACCUGGAUAUGCAGCCCCAGCCUCUGCAGGUUAUGGACAAAUGCAGUGGAUGCCUCCUCCUCCAGUUCCAGCGAACUGUCCUCCAGGACUGGAAUAUCUAACCCAAAUAGAUCAACUUUUAAUAAAACAGCAAGUCGAACUCCUAGAAGCUUUCACUGGCUUUGAAACCAACAACAAAUACAAGAUUUUAAAUAGCAUGGGACAGCAAGUGUAUUUCGCAACGGAAGAUACUGAUUGUUGUACACGACAGUGUUGUGGCCCAGGGAGACCUUUUGAAAUGAAAAUCCUGAACAAUCAGCAGCAAGAAAUUGUACACUUGACUCGUCCUCUGCGUUGUCAAUCUUGCCUAUUUCCAUGUUGUCUUCAAGAGAUUGAGGUUCAAUCACCACCUGGAACAGUCCUUGGUUACUGUGCUCAAGAAUGGUCAAUAUGUAUUCCUAAGUUUGCCAUCCAGAAUGCCGACAGGGAAACAGUGCUCCGAAUUGAAGGGCCUUUCUGCCAGUGCAAUCUCUGUGGAGAUGUUGAAUUUCAGGUGCUCUCUGCCGAUGGCCAGAAUCAGGUUGGAAGGAUUUCAAAGCAGUGGUCAGGUUUGGUAAAGGAGGCCUUUACUGAUGCUGACAACUUCGGCAUCACAUUUCCCAUGGACCUUGAUGUUAAGAUGAAGGCUGUUGUACUUGGUGCUUGUUUCCUCAUUGAUUUCAUGUUCUUCGAGAAGGCACAGAACCAGGAUAAUCACAAUUAUUAAUGAAUACCAUCAGAAAAGUACAAUUUCGGCAUAUUAGCAGCCCGGACAGAACCAGAAUAAAGCACGUAUACUUUAUGUUUGUAGGAGUGUAGAGGAAAGUAAUUUUUGGCUAUAUAGAGUUUGGCAAUGGCAAUGCAGCCUUUGUCGGAAGCUGUAUAUAGAUACAUAUUUUUUUUGUAACGACGCGCUUCAACAACCGUUAUGUCACUCAAAGCCGCUUUCUUACUACCCUGCGAGCAGAGGCCCUUCUGAUCUUCCCGACUAAUCUAGGAAGAUCAAAGGGCCUCUGCUCGGUACUUUCUUACGCAAGUGGCAAUGAAAGACAUUAUCCCACGCUCUCCAUAAAAUCCCUUACUAGAUAAAUCUUUCAGGUUUUUGUUUUCGUUUUACAAGGUUAUAGUGUGUUUCGACACACGUUGAUUUUGAUGUUUUCAUCCGACUCUGUGUUAACUGCCAGAAGUAAUUGAAAGAAACGGCCAAGUCUCCAAACUGAAAGAUUGCCGUUUCGGACAGUUGCUAAUUGGAAUUUUGACUCUUUAAAUUUAUGUGCAUGUCUGAAAACAUUAUGAGAGUAGCAAGUUACUUGUUGUCAAGUGAUUACCGCUGAUCGUAAACAAAACAGAGCUUAUUGCAAAAAUAUAGUUUUCUCUUUGGUAAAACUUUCGAUCACUCCUUUGAAACUGUAGAUCUGCAUGUCUCAUAAAAUAGGCAUUGUACUUGCGUUGCGUGACAUCCUAUCUAAGAAUGGAUUUAAAGGAGAUUAUCGUCACAAGGAUGCUUACACGCUUAUACUUAACGUAUCUGAAGUACCAUCUCAAGUUAGCUAAUUCACCGCAGUUUUCGUUAUUUUUUAUGACACACAAAUGGCUGUUCAACUUUGCGGAUAAACAAUGUUAAGCAUAAAUCCAGUAAAGUAGAAAAAGGGACUUUUACUGGUAAGGCAAGUAUGAACAAGGUUCACGAAGGAUUGAGAAAAUGAAAAACAGGAUGUAACAUGACGCUCUUCUUAAACUUAGCGUACACAACGUAACCUUUCUCACUUUAUUUGGAUGUAUUAAAUAAAAAAAUGAGAGGUUAA